AUGAUUUACGAUGUGCUGGAGUUAAUAAUGAACUACACGCAAUACUUGCACCUUAUGGUGCUGAUUGCCCCAAGUAUGUUUCCUACACUCUACAGUUCUCUUUUUUGGGUUGUGGAUAUUGUGAUGAAUGCCGUAUUCUCAAACGGUGGUGACCACAAUAUGAGCAAUCAAACUAAACCUUCUCAAGAAGCCGAGGGUAUGUCUGCGCAAGAGGGUGUGUUGGGACUGCAGCUGCCAUCAUGGGUACCGGUUGAUGUACGCUUGUUGUUCGCCCUCACAAACAUUUUUGCUCCUCUUGUACUAGUGUUUCUAUCAACGUUACUGCUUGGACCACCUCAUUUUGCGGCUUUUGUCUACCUGCUGUGCGCAUCAUUCUUUUGGAUGAUAGCGGGCAUUUUGCUUCUACUACUUUUGCUGGGGAAAUUGCGGGACACGGAUGCGUUAUGGCAAAACGGUCAGACGAUAUUGGCCAUAACUCACGCCCUAUCAUUACAUGAGGCGGUUGUCAUGACGGCCAUAAGUGCGUCGGCUGUCGUGUUGCUUCUUGUCAUCGGUGUUGUUCUGCGCCUUGUCUUGGGAGCACGUGAGCGGGCACGCGUGCUGGAACGGCUACGGCAACUUGAAUGUGCCCCAUGUACAGAGGAGGAACGUGUGGCACGGCGGCUGUUGCAAUUUGACUCCACAGGUCUUGAGAAUGAGGAAGAGAUGGAAAAGGAAGCUCGGGUUCGGCGUGCCAGGGCGGAGAUGGCUUACCAACGACUGUUUUGGAGUCGAUAUAAAGAGACACACUCUUUAUCGUUGCCGUGGACGUUCAUAAAACUCAUCAUGUGUAUUUUAUGCGUUGCUUCCGCAUUUGUAUUUGCACUGGCGCCCAAAAUGGAUUUUUUGAGGGCAAUUCAGACUAGACAUGUGUGUUAUCCUCUUGCUGCACUGUUGUUCCUUCUGGGACUCCUGUUUGUAGCCUCCUUUCUGUUGGGAUUAACGCGAAAGGGUCGGCAACGUCUCUUUAGGAUCAAACUGUGGUUACGCCACAUGUUCUUAUAUGUGGUGCUUCUUGCGGUCUCAUUCAUGUACUCCCCGAUACUGAGAAAUGCCAUCAGCUUGUUUCCCUGUCAGACCGUGGCAUGCACGGUGUUCGAUGGCAGCAGCUACAGUGAUGAAGAUACAUCGUCCAUUGGUUCGUAUGCCGCCUGCAUGCAGAGGAAAACCACGCACGUCUCCUGCCUCUCUUCAGACCCAAAUGUGCCGUGCAAUGGUAUCGAUGGUUUUUUAAUGGCCUCCGCUGUUCUUGCGACGUCUGCCUAUGCAGUUUUUUUUCUCCUUCUUUACGGUUUAGUUGCCCGACAGGCGCUGCGUGCCCUUCAAAGGUACCCAUUAGCCGACUCGGUGACAGCAUCAUCAACUCCGUUUGCAUGUAAGGAAGAACAAAGAACAGGGAUUGGAAGGAGAUUUGAUGGCGAUGUUACAGACACCCCUCCCACCAUGCCGAUGGAUUCAUUGUUCGCCACCAACGCAUCCGCACUCACGGCUUCACGUGUCAAGAAGGCGUCGAAAAAAAUAGAUGUGCUCUAUCGUGAACGUGUAUCCUCCUCGCGGAAUGAGGCACAAUUUCUUUACGCCCCGUAUACCUAUGCGUUCCGUUACUUCAAACUUGUUGUGCUGGCGCAGAAGACGCUCAUGGUCAUUAUAUCCACACUGAUGCGACAAGGUAGUGGUGUGGCGAGCCCGUGGAUGGGGUUUGCUGCCUGUGUGUUGAUUCAUGCCGGUUUUGCAGUAGUCUUAAUUGUCUGUCGACCCUACGCAGAGCCGUUGGAGAUUGUGGUAAGUCUCGCACUUCAGGUGAUGCUUUCUGUCGUUGCAGCGAUGGGUCUAACCUCUGCCUUGGCCUCCACUGCCGUCCCUGUGCCGCUGUGGAGCUUUGUGACCUCCUGUCUCUUCUUGGUUCCCUUCGUCGCUGUGAUUGCUGGGGAAAUUCUUACUUUUCGGCAACAAAGUCAACGAAAGGCGUGGCGCGAAAAGGACGCAAAGCAGAGUUCAUGUCGUUCCAAUCGCCACUUCUGGAGACGGUGGGGAAAUUGGCUUGUGGGGUACUUUCGAAAAGCACGGCCUGUGCCCUCGUAUGAGCGUUGCGGCGGCGACCGUCUCGGAAACGAGGUCUUCAUCCCCGCCCUGUACUUUGUAAGGGAUAAGAAGGAGACGAGGAAGUCGGUUGGCGGCGGGCCGAGUUUGACACGGGGACGUGUGGCUGACGCCUGCACACGUACUCCAGUCGACGACACAGUGGUGCAAUCUGCGGCGCACUCGGAUCUCGUGGAUAUUUCAAGGGUCCCUACGAACAGCGGCUGUCGAUUCCUACAGGAGCCACGAAGAAAUGUCACGAGCGAUGGAAAGACGGGUGCGAAGCGGCACUGGGCCCUUCUUCGCGAUGCGGUUUAUUCGGGCCAUUUUUUGACAGUUUUUGAUUCACACCGGAAAAAUUCUUUUGAAGUUCCUACAGCUUCGCGGCGCGGAGUAAAGAACACGGCAAGAAUGCCAUCUUUUUCGCCCAUGCGGUUUCCGGAGGAGCAAACCUUUCACAGUAUUGCCAUGACGACUCUCCUCGCUUCCGUGGCAAAUGAAAGCCGGUGGGAGAAGUCGCCGUAUUUUAGUCCGAGCAACAAAUUUGGAGAGUUGCAGAAGCAGCAGGCGCGCAGGGGGUUGGACGUGUCAUUUUCACCCCCGCAUGCCACUUCGCCGCCCCGGGAGGCACGCCGACGGGAGGCCUUCCUGGAGCGUGUUCGAGUAUUUUCAGCCCGUCAGCGCCUGCUCACGCUGCAUUAUCGUCGAAAGCGGCACCUUGUGCUGCAGCAGCGUGCUGUGGAUUGUUUCAUUAAUGAGCAGGUGGCGCAAACAAUGCGGCUCCUUUUGCUUUUUCUUGGCGUCGUAGCGGCCAUGGCGGCUGCACUUUGCAUUUGCGGGAUGAUUCACGUGGAGGGAAACUCCCUGGCGUCCCCACAGGAAUGUGCCAUAACGUAA